UUAUUUUAAACAGUUUUUAAUAAAUUCUAGAACAUUCCAUUAAAGUUGAGCAAACUCCUUCUAGCUUGGAAGUUAAUUUUUUUGCAACAAACAAGAGGACUUUUUGGCGCGAAAAUAAUGUAAACAUUGUGAUUUAGCAUUGACUUAUAUUUCAAAAAAAGUAAAUUAAUUAAUUCUUGCACAUAAUCGUAGAUUAAAAUUGAUAUUUUGAAUUCUUGAGACAUAAACCAUCCAGUUAUGGAUGCUUACUGAAGAUUAAAAAUAAGAAUCAAGUUCGAACCAUCUAGAAGAAAUAAAAUCUUAUCAGAAAUUAUAACAAGUUUGUCAAGUGUAUUUCACCAUAAUAUGCAACACGACUGAUCCAACAAGUGAACUUGAAUACAACAAAAAAAUAAAAAUAAUCAAAAUGUCAAGACAGGCUUUAGGAGAAAUUGAAAUAAUUGGUGAAUUGACAUAUUUUAAGUCAAGUGAGAGUGAAAAUUCUAGUAUUCAUGAUGGGACAUUUAGAAGUAAAUUAAAAAUUAAAGUUAGAACUGUCGAAGACAACAAAGUGAAUAAAAUUGAAGUUGAGAGAUUUUUAAAGUUAAAAGCACAUCCGAAUGUACAAAGACUUUUUUGUUAUGAGUUUUAUGAAUCAAUUCAUCAUUUUGGAUUGCAAACUUAUGACUUCAAUUUAUAUGAUUUUAUGCAAAUAUCAAAAAAUAAGAGAAUUAAGAUUGAUCCAAUAUCAAUGGUUAAGGAUGUUACAGAAGGAUUGAAGUUUCUUCAUACAAAUGAAAUUAUUCAUGGAAAUUUAAAUUUUAAGAAUGUUGGAAUAAAUAAGGGGGCAAAACGUACAAUGCUUUGUUAUUGUGGAUUUGAUGAUCUUCAGGAGGAUCAGAAUAUUUUCAUAACACCUGAGGAAGUUCGAGGUGAUAAUCCAUCAUUUAAAGCUGACAUCUUGAAUCUAGGCUUAAAGUAUUUACAUCGAAAAUUCUAUUCAUCGGAUACAACAAAACGUUUAAUGUCAACACGAACGAUAACUGUUGAUAAAAAGCCUAAUAAAAAAAGAAAAUUAUCAAUAGCUAGUGACACAGCUAAUGAAAUGAGUGAAGUUUCAAAGUUCCAAAAGUACCAAAAAUGUCAUAAAAACUUUUAUUAUAUUAAAAUAAAUUUUUAA